GCUCGCGCAACCUGACACAAUUCGAUCUGGCUCAGUAAUUUUGAUGUGUUAUAAACUGGAAACGCACAAAGUGCAUUGAGGUUAUCACCAAUCGUGUUAUCACAGAUUAAUCUUGCGCGCUGUCCCUGGGUUCCAUUCGUCGAAUAUUGAAAAUGAGAAAUCCUGGUAUUUUGGCGGAGCUCCACCAACCUGUCUGCGCGUGACGUAGGGAGGGGACUACUUAAAGGCGGAUUAAUGCUGGCAAGACAUUAAAUCCAACCACCCUCCAUCCAGACACAGUGCGCGACCCAUCAACCUGAUCUGAAGAUCGAAAAUAGGAGGGCUUAUAGUAAUCAGCCCUUCAGCCCCACAAGACAACGAGAAAGUGUGGCAGCGUCAUACCAGCGCUUGGGCAGAAGCACAGACCAAUAUUGCACAGCGCUGGAGAGAGGAGGGCGGGACAGCUGCGGGCUUGUGAUCAAUGCAUUUGCCAGAUAACCUCGGAGCCUCUGGAGAGUGAUAACGACCAAAAACCCGGGGAAAUAUUUUCCACAUAUUCGGCAGAGGUUCGUACAGAGUGCCGUGGGCUCUCGCCUCCUCCGGAUGAACAAUAAUGGGGGAAUGGACCAUACUAGAGAGGCUCCUGGAGGCUGCUGUCCAGCAGCACUCUACUAUGAUAGGAAGGAUCCUACUAACUGUGGUGGUGAUCUUCCGGAUUCUAAUCGUAGCAAUAGUUGGAGAGACAGUAUAUGAUGACGAGCAAACCAUGUUUGUUUGUAAUACCUUACAACCAGGCUGCAACCAGGCUUGCUACGACAAGGCAUUCCCAAUUUCACAUAUUAGAUUUUGGGUUUUCCAGAUCAUAAUGGUUUGCACCCCGAGUCUUUGUUUUAUCACAUACUCGGUGCAUCAGUCGGCGAAACAGAAGGAGCGACGGUACUCCACCGUCUUUCUGACACUGGAUAAGGAUCAAGAUUCAAUGAAACGAGACGACAGCAAAAAGAUUAAAAACACCAUUGUGAAUGGAGUACUUCAGAACACAGAGAACUCCACCAAAGAAGCCGAACCCGACUGUUUGGAAGUCAAAGAUAUCCCCAAUUCAGCCAUGAGAACUACUGGAAAGUCUAAAAAGAGUCGACAAGAGGGUAUCUCGAGAUUUUACAUAAUUCAAGUGGUUUUCAGAAACGCGCUGGAAAUAGGGUUUUUAGUGGGUCAAUAUUUCUUGUACGGAUUCAAUGUCCCAUCGGUGUACGAGUGUGAUCGUUACCCCUGCAUAAAAGAUGUAGAGUGUUAUGUUUCCAGACCAACAGAGAAGACCGUGUUUCUAGUCUUCAUGUUCGCGGUCAGUGGCUUUUGUGUGUUGCUGAAUCUGGCAGAACUCAAUCAUUUGGGGUGGAAGAAAAUCAAAACGGCAGUGCGAGGAGUUCAGGCGAGGCGGAAGUCCAUUUAUGAAAUCAGAAAUAAGGACUUGCCUAGAAUGAGUGUGCCUAAUUUCGGUCGCACUCAAUCCAGUGACUCUGCUUAUGUGUAGCACAUGGAGAGAGUUCCCGAUGGGACAAUGUGCGAUGUGUAAAGAUUGAACCAAGAUGAGCACUGGAUGAUGACAGCUCCCAACGCCACAUCCGUUUCAUGACUUAAAAGCGUGGGCCGAUUUUUUAUUUGUUUAUCUUUUAAGGACUCCAAUGGCAAGCGUGGAUUACACGUUUGUUAAUUUAUUUAUUACAUUGCACUGAUGCAACUUUUUAGUAACGUUUAUACUAUGUAAAGCGCUAAAUAGAGAUCAUGUCGACGUGUUCACGCAUUUACUCUUUGUGGGCUGAUCUACUGUACUUGAAGAGAGUAGGGUAUAUUAAAAUUGCACUAAGAGGUGAACACCCGGGAGCCAAACCUAACCCGAUGCGUGACAGUGUUUAAAAAAAAUAAUUCAACCGAUUGUUGACACCGAUCUAUUUAAGCGACACAAUACACCGGUUGACUAUAUUUUGGAGGGGAAAUAUUCUCCAGAUUUACAUAGGCAUAUGCCUAAAUAUAUAAAUACAUUUUGACUAUGGAUCGACCUAGUUGAAAUACAUUAGCAUCAUUCAUAUUUUUGUUGCCUGUGUUCGCACCACUGACCUUAACGUAUGUAAUCAUUCCAUUGCUAUAUAGCUGACUUGCAAAACAGUAUCUGGUGGAUUUGCUGCAAACGCUAACGUCUGUGACUUCCUUAAUUUAUAAUACACCAAAGCGCCCACUGCUUUCAUUUGUGAAAAGUCUUUUCUUGCUUUCGUGUAAUUAAGUGCCAUACUUGUACAUAGACAUAUAUAUAUGUAUACAUAGAAAUAAAUAAAUAUAUAAUAUUAUUCAUCAUGAAAGCUAAUUCCCUGCUUGAAUUAUGCUAAACGCCGCCCUAUUUUUUGCUUUAACUUGUGAUUUAAAUGGAUAUAUUACAUUUGUCUCUAGCUCCCUUUCUAUUUGGCAAAUGACUGGGAAAUGAAUAAAGUGCUAGUCUUUUUUAUAUACCGGAAGAAAAUGUUUCUCCACAAUCAUAAUUGAUCUCAACUCAAAUAGCACAAAUUGACCUUUUUAACAAACUAAGAAUGGGCAAUAAGUAUCUGCUCAGGUGCUAGGGUUUUUUCACAGAAUGGUUUUCAAUGUAACCAAAAUGAACCAGAAAAAAAAACACCCUUUUCUGUCGAAAAAUAAAAGUGGGAUUCAUGUACACCAGAAACGUGUGAGGUGCAAUACUUUUCUGUCUGAAAGCUGAACUGGAAUGUUAGAAGGAUCCUAUAGCUGCCCUGUCUAACCAUGGCUUGGUUCAGUGAAAAUGGCAAUGUUUGCCACACACACAAGCCUAUGUCGUUCCAUCCCAUGAGAAAACCCCUAUGAGCUCUUCCUUUGAUGUUGUCAGUGUCUGUUAACAUGUGGGUGUGCUGUAAUGCAUUUCAAUGGGGAUGAUGCUUCCAUGACUAACAUCAAUACUGCAUGUCCCAUAACAUUGACCAGACGCAGCCGUAAUGUGAAAUGCAUUCUAACAUUCAUGUACUGUCCCUUCCCAGUCAUAGCUGACCUGACCAUGACUGUUCACAUGGCUGCUAUACUGUUACUGACUUUGUGACCUUGACCAGGAAGCUAUUGGACAGACACACCGUACAGAACAGGGAUGAUUAAAACCUGAUCUUCAUUGAUAGAGGACUUUUUUUGUCCACCCCUUCUUCCCUCUUUUCAAGGAAGUGAGCAAAGGAGCGGCUCUUGCUGAAGGGAAGGUCGUGUGAGCCUCAUGAAGGUCACCAAGAAAAAGAGAAAGAGAAAAAAGGGAAAGUGCUGAACUGUACGCCCACACUCCAGAGAGAGAGAGGGAGGGGGGAGAGAAACAGAGAGAGAGAGAGAGGAGGAUUCCAGGCUGACCAUCCAGGAUGAUCUGAGGGAUGGUAGGAUGCAAGACUCUGCCUCUGCCAGGAUGACUUGGCAAAGCCCAGAGAAAUCGAAGAGUAGCGCACACUGACACAUCCAUCUCAAACUCAGCAGGGACGUGAAAAUUGUCUGUAACUCAAGAAAAGUGCAGUUUACCUACUUGGCCUCUCUCCUCUCUAUUUCUCUCUCUAUUUGUCUCUCCCUUCCCUAUCUCUGAAAAUGUUUACUGACCAAAUGACUGUACAGGCCAUCCUGUCCAAUUCCACACAGUUGUUUUCAACGCUUGUAAAUCUCUUGGGUUUUCUUUCAUUGAGAAUUCCCAGUUAUUAUACAAGGCUGUUGUGUAAGGGAUCCUACAAACAAAGACUAUAUUUUCACUGUAUAUUACUGUAUAUUUACUGUACAUUUACUAAAGAGCCACUUGCUCUGAUGCUGUGCUUGUGGUUUCCCUGCAAUAUUCAUCCUGGUAAUUUCACGGCUGCUUCUAAAAUGCCCAAAUUAUUGGGUUAUGUAUGAAUGCAAUUAUGCAUGCUGUGUUGCAUUUUCCAUGUGAGCGUUGGGAGGCUUGGUUUAAUAUUACGUUGUACCUGUGCUGCUCUUUAUUUCCUCUGUGCUCAGCUCGCUAGAGACAGGCUAAAAAGGAAGAGGGCUUCUGACCAGAGAGAUAGCUGGAGAUAGCGACAGAUGUAAGCGACUCUCCCAGUUCUAUGCCAUUUAUCUUGUGCUCGCUUCAGCCCCCACUCUUGACAACAGUAGAUACAUCUGAGCAAGGACUGCAGCUAUUUCAAGGAUCCAGGACAAAUGCUCAGGAAAACCAGACAUUUCAGCUGAUUGCAGGUGCUUAAAUAUACAGGGAGGGAAUUUUAGAGGACCAUUUUAGCCCUUAAUCUCUCAGUCUUUGUCUAGAGAAACACCUCUGAAUUAAAGAGAAUCAUCUCCCUGAGACUGUUAUGGUCCGGGAGAGAGGAGAGGUGGUCAGUGCCCUGUCCUCAUAAAAUAUCAAGCUCAUUUUAUUACCAUCCAUUCCUGCGUCAGUUUAAUUUCAUCCUUCCUGUUCAACACUUUAAUAAGGCUUUGCCAAUAAAAAAAAAAUGCACUGGUUACCAUAAAAUAAUCAAUACUCUUUUUCUCAACAACAAACCAAACCAAGCCUCCAACCCUUGACGUUUUUCAUUUGAUGCGCUGGUUCCGUAUAUAUGUACUGUAAAGCGGAAUGACUUUGAAAGACAUACUGUGAAUUAAAUCCAUUUUCUCACCAAGAGGAGAAUAUAUUUG